AUGAGGGUCAUAACCAAUUUUUCUAUGCUACUCUUGAUCACAUGUUUUCUUUGUCUAAUACUUUCAAGUGCACAAACUUCAUUUGAUGGCAUUGUUUCUGCUCGUUCGCUCGAUGAUCAGCUUCAAGAUUGCGCAUUUAAGGCAUUUUCGACGCCAAAAACUGGUGUACCUUAUGAUGCUCAAGUACCUUCCAACCUAACAGGGAUUAAAGUUUCAGCAAUGAGGCUUAGAAGUGGAAGUUUGUGGGACAAAGGUGUCCAAAGUUACAAAGAAUUUGAGAUCCCAGAAGGGGUUAUUGAACAACCUUAUUUUAAAAGAAUUGUUUUGGUUUACCAAAAUUUAGGUAAUUGGUCUCAAUAUUAUUACCCUUUAUCUGGUUAUUCAUAUUUAGCACCUGUUCUUGGUCUAUUAGCCUAUGAUGGCACAAAUUUGAUUGCUUCAAAUUUACCUGAAUUGGAAUUAAGCGCUUAUCAUAAACCAAUUUUAGUUAAUUUUUCUUAUGUGAAAAAUACAUCACCCUACGGUUCAUUAGCAAAGUGUGUGUAUUUUGAUUUGUUUGGUUCUAUAAAGUUUGACACUUUAUUAAAUGGAAAUGUUUGUCCAAUAUUUGAACAAGGGCAUGUUUCAAUUGUAGUGGAAUCAAAUGCUUCACCACAAACUCAUUGGAAGAACGAAUUCAAGUUCAAGAUUGUUAUUGUAUGUUUGGCUGGAGGGAUUGUUUUGUUGUUUUUGUUUGGUCUAUUGAUUAGUAGAAUGAGAAGAGCCAAACAAGAAACAAAGAUUAAGCAAAUGGAAUUGGAAGCUGAUUGCAGUGAAACUUUGAAGAUAAUAUAUAUUGGUAACGCCAAAGUACCAUCUGCUUUAGGGACUCGUACACCACCAAAGAUAGAAAAUGAUUAUGUUCCUUAA